AUACCCAGCUGCCACUUCGCGCACCUUCAUCUCCCGAGCCCCAUUCAUCUGGUGACAUAUAAGCGCAGCUCCUCGCCUUCGUUACCUUCUCUGUCACUGUUAAAGGGCUGCAGACGCCAUGAACACCGUUCUUUCGCGAGCUAAUUCGCUCUUUGCUUUUUCAUUGAGCGUUAUGGCGGCGCUCACCUUUGGUUGCUUUAUCACCACCGCGUUCAAGGAGCGGAUAGUUCCUGUCAACAUCCAUGUGUCUCGGGUGAUGCUGGAGAAUGUUGAAGAUUUUACUGGUCCCCGGGAAAGAAGUGACCUAGGAUUUAUCACAUUUGAUAUAAAUGCAGAUUUGCAGCCGAUAUUUGAUUGGAAUGUUAAACAGCUAUUUAUUUACUUGUCUGCUGAAUAUUCCACCAGAAGCAACACCCUGAACCAGGUCGUACUAUGGGACAAGAUCAUCCUCCGAGGAGAUAAUCCAAAGUUGUCCUUAAAAGAAAUGAAAUCAAAGUAUUUUUUCUUUGACGAUGGAAAUGGUCUCAAGGGUAAUCGCAAUAUCACAUUGACUCUUUCUUGGAACGUUGUCCCAAAUGCUGGCAUCUUACCCCUUGUCACAGGAUCAGGACAUAAAUCCAUUCCAUUUCCUGAUACCUAUAAAACCACGAUGAGCUAUUAAAUUAUUGCAAUGUUUUGUAAGCUAUUUUUUAUCCAUCUAAACCUUGGAGACCUCCUGCCUAAAGUUUAUACCAAAAUACCUGAAACCGGAAACACAACUUCUUUCUGAAAAAAUGAUUAUGGCCAUGUGGGUUUGAAUACCCGUGUAUGUAAAUACAAAUGAAGAAUCCACUAUUUUUAUUUUUUUAUUUUGAGUAGUACAAGUGUCGUCUUCCAGAAAAGUGAUGAAACCAACUCCACCGUAUUGAUUCACAGCAUUGCAAAUACAAUUCCGCUGCUUAUAACUGUUCCUGCUAAAUGUGGACCGAACCAUUCAAAGAUGAUGCUUUUUUACUGUUGCUUUGUAUUAGGACAUCCAUUCUGAAGGUACACACAAUUCUAACAUGGUUACACAUAGAUUAAUGUUAGUAAUGUGAACAUUGUUUUCAAAUAAAACGAUCUAAAAUUGUGACAACA